UGACGGAGGCACGCUGGGGGGUGACCUCACCCUCCAACAUGGCGGCGGCGGUAGAUUAGGGCUGUGGGUCGAAGCAACCUCCGCCACUGUGGGACCCGGUCGAAAGCAACUGCCGCCGCCGCCACCGCCGCCUCUUUCAUCUCUUCUGGGGCAGGGGCCAGGGCCAGGUUUUACACACCUGUUAAGUAGACCUUUUUGGAGUUCUGCCAGCCAGUUCAAUGGCGUCCUCUACUACUGUGCCUCUAGGAUUUCACUAUGAAACAAAGUAUGUUGUCCUCAGCUACUUUGGACUCCUUUCUCAGGAGAAGCUGCAAGAGCAUCUUUCCUCACCCCAAGGGGUUCAUCUAGAGGUAGUUUCACAAUCUCUGGAUCAAGAAAUUUUAUUGAAAGUUAAAAUUGAAAUUGAAGAAGAGCUAAAAUCCCUGGACAAAGAAAUUUCUGAAGCCUUUACCAGCACAGGCUUUGACCGUCACACUUCUCCAGUGUUCAGCCCUGCUAACCCAGAAAGCUCAAUAGAAGACUGCUUGGCCCAUCUUGGAGAAAAAGUGUCUCAGGAACUUAAAGAGCCUCUACAUAAAGCAUUGCAAAUGCUCCUCAGCCAGCCAGUGACAUAUCAGACAUUUCGGGAAUGUAUGUUGGAAACCACAGUUUAUGCCAGCGGCUGGAAUAAGAUUUUGGUGCCUCUGGUCUUGCUACAACGAAUGCUUUUGGAGCUGACAAGACGAGGUCAAGAGCCUUUGAGUGCACUGCUGCAGUUUGGUGUGACGUAUCUGGAGGACUACUCAGCAGAAUACAUCAUUCAGCAAGGCGGCUGGGGCGCCGUCUUUAACCUUGACUCAGAGGAGGAGGAGUGCCCUGGAGUCACUGCAGAGGACAGCAAUGACAUUUACAUCCUGCCCAGUGACAACUCUGGACAAGUCAGUCCUCCAGAGUCUCCAACUGUGACGACCUCCUGGCAGUCAGAGAGCUUACCUGUCUCACUGUCGGCCAGCCAGAGUUGGCACACAGAAAGCUUGCCAGUGUCUCUAGGUCCCGAAUCCUGGCAACAGAUCGCGAUGGAUCCUGAGGAAGUCAAAAGCUUGGAUAGCAACGGAGCUGGAGAGAAGAGUGAGAACAACUCUUCCAAUUCUGACAUAGUGCAUGUGGAGAAAGAAGAAGUUCCUGAGGGCGUGGAAGAGGCUGCUGCGGCUGCCGGGGAGCUGCAGGAGGCGUUCCCUGAAGCCCCAGCACCCCUGCUUCCACAUAUCACUGCCACGUCUUUGCUGGAGGCAGGGGAGCCCCACGCAGAGGUGAUUGCAGCCGAGAAAGCCAGCCCUGCUACGUCUUUGUUUGUGGAACUUGAUGAAGAAGAGGUAAAAGCAGCGACCCUUGAAGCUGGUGAAGUGGAGGAGGAGGAGAUCCCCACACUGGAACCCCCAGAAACACUGCUGAGCGAGGAGACAGAUGUAGAGAGAGAGCGUCUUUACCCGGAAACGCUGCUGAGCCAGGAGACAGAUGUAGAGGGAGAGCGUCUUACGGAGGAGUCCUCCCCCGCUGGGAGAGCGAAGCCCUUGCCCUUGUCUGAGGGCAAGUCUAUACUCCUGUUUGGAGGGGCUGCCGCCGUCGCCCUCCUGGCGGUGGCAGUCGGGGUGGCCCUGGCUCUGAGAAAGAAAUAGAUUUUUCAGAGAGGAAGAAGAUGAAAGGAUCUAAGGUUUUGUUUGUACUGGCUGGCAUCUGAACCCCUAGCAGCUGUUUGGACGUUUGUGGAACAUUCUGGGAUAACUGGGGGCUUCCGCUCAACAAGGCAGUGGCUUGGUCCACACAGUAGGGCUUGAGGUAGAGGGUGUUCACAGUUAUCUGAGUGUAGAUUCCAGGGGCUGCGGCUCACACUAGAUUCACAAUCUUAUGAGUAAAGUCCUGCCCCAGAGCAGGGUUUCUCAGCCUCA